UGGUAACAUCUGCGAUACUUGAGGCCAGAAUUGAGUUGACGUGAAGCUGAGUAUUUGGUGUUGUCGAAACCACUCAAAGAGGCGGAUCUGCGAGUGGAAUUGAGGACAAUGUGAAUUGAAGCAGCCCCCAUUAGCUUCUUGCAAGAUGAAAGAAAGAUCGUCUGUUCUCUAGUCUAAAGAAAAAUCUGAUGGAAAUUAAAAUGUGAUCAUGCAGGGCUUUCUUUGAGCAUAUGUGAAGUGUAUUGUGACAAUGACCAUUUUGGAUAUGGAGAUCCCAAAGAAGAAACUUUUUGAAGAUCCUGGCUUCCCUGCUUCUAACACAUCUCUUUUUUCAAGUUAUUCUACACCCAUUGCUAAAUUCAGAAGUAAAAUCACAUGGCUACGACCACAGGAAAUUUCGAGAUCACCUCGGUUGUUUCCAGAAAACCCUCAGGAUGGAAAGAUAAAACAAGGCCUCUUGGGAGAUUGCUGGUUCUUGUGUGCAUGUGAAGCUUUGCGUAAAAACAGACAACUCUUAGAUAAGGUAAUACCUCCAGACCAGGACUUGUGGACUCAAUCUGGAUAUUUGAAAUGCAGAUUUUGGAAGUUUGGACAGUGGGUCGAAGUCAUAAUAGAUGAUCGAUUACCAUGUAUUAGUCGCAGGCUUUGCUUUUCUCGUUGUCGCUCUGAAGAAGUGUUUUGGUUGCCAUUAUUGGAAAAAGCUUAUGCCAAGCUGCACGGUUGCUAUGAAAAGUUAUGGGCUGGACAAGUGUGUGAAGCUCUAGUGGACAUCACAGGAGGUCUGGCUGACAGAUGGACUCUGAGGUGUUACAGAGAAAACAAUGAAAAGAAUUCUCACUCCUGCCUUUCUGAAAAAUCAAAAUUCGAGUUGAUGAAGGAUUUAAAUGAUAAAAGCUUCAUUAGUUGCUCUGUCCAUGGAUCAGCCAAAGGAUCCAGUGAAUGUGCAGAAUUUCAUGCCUUCAGCGUUACUGAUGUGAAGCAAGUUAAUGGACUCAAUGGCACUUACGUCAAUUUGCUGAAGAUAAGAAACAUGUGGGAUAGACAAUGUUGGAAUGGCUCCUGGCAGGCCGGCGAUCUAUUUUACAGGGGUGAUGGUUGGAAAACAUUGGAUCCAGCCAUCGCUACAGCACUGCAGUCUGCAGCAGAGGAUGGGGAGUUCUGGGUGGAGGAGCUUGAGUUUUUUCAGGAUUUUGAUGAGUUAACAGUGGGCUAUCCAAUAAAUAUGGAGGGACACGUCCUCAGUCUUUUAACAGGUAAAAGUUUGCGAAAUACAUUACAACUUUCAGGACAAUGGGUUAAAGGUCUAUCUGCAGGUGGUUGCCGCAACAACAGUAGUUUCUGUGCCAAUCCUAAAUUCUGGUUGAGAAUUCUGGAUCCAGGUGAAGUAGUUCUCACAAUAUUACAAAAAAAACAUGAUUCCAGCAACAGAAAUGACCAGGCUUGUUGGUCAGAGAAAGCUGUUAUGCAUUGUCAAAAUAUUGAAGAAGACCUCACCACUGAUGUCCGCCAACAGAAACGCUAUCGAGCAAUAGGACUACAUGUAUGGAAGGUAGAGAAGAAACGAUUUAAUUUGCAGAAAACUGUUGCCAAAACACCAACCAUUUCAACAGAAUGCCAUACAUAUGACAGGGAAGUGAAACUGCACUGUGAUCUAACACCUGGCUACUAUCUUGUCAUCCCCAGUACAUUCAUGAAAGACGAAGAUGGACAUUUUCUACUACGUGCUUUUUCAACAUCUAAAAUAUCAUUGAGUGUAGUGAAAGCAACUCAUCCAUUUACACAGUUGGAGGAAAAUUCUGAAGGGGAAUGGGAGAUAAUGCAGUUUACAGAUUCAUGGAUCAAUGGAAAAAGUGCAGGUGGAAGCAGGAACUUUCCAACAUACAGUACUAAUCCACAUUUGCCAUUCUCAAUCCUCUCUGAAACUGGUAUCGGCAAUGUUCGGAUCACUCUGUGCCAGGAAAGUGUUGAUGGACAGUUCCUUCCAAUAGGAUUCCAUAUUUAUCAGGUACAUGGUAAAAAUUUGAAUCAGGCAUCCCCCCAACUUCUAGAGCCUGUGGUGGCUUGUGUGCCUCAUCGUUACAUACAAGAAAUGACUCAACUUUGCACUCUCCCAACAGGAAAUUAUGAGAUCAUUCCUUCUACAUACCUGCCCAACAGUGAGGCACAAUUUACAGUCACUGUAGAAACCAAAAUAGACAGGAAGCCAUUCCAGUCUCAGGAGAACUUAGGACAAACAAUCAAUGAGGUCUCUUAUACCUCAGUAAUGCAAAGGUAAGAAACCAACACCAAAUUCUUCACAAAUGCCUGCUUGAAAACAGUAGGAAAAUAUAAUCAGAAGAGAGUCAAUCUGUAAACAUUCACUCGACAAUUUGCACAUCACAAAGCCUGACCCUCGUGGCACUAAUAAAAUGUGACAGGGCUCGUCAUUGUAAAUAAGCAAUUCUGCUUAAAGCUGACUGGCGAUGUGCUUGAUGUACAGGAGCAAGAACAAAAGCUGCCUCAGAACUGGACGCUACUUCAAAGAGUCAGCAUCUCUGCACACAGUAACGGACAAAGAGCCAAUCAAUCUCCUGCUGCUUUGAUGUUAUUGAAGGCAAUGAGAAUGACAUUUAAAUUCAGUUUGUACUUUCAAUACACCAUAUUACACAGUUCACUGAAUUGUAAAGGUCUGAUUCUGUUCCACUUAUGUUGUGACCUCCUGAUGGCUGCAUUUUUCAUAAUUUUAAAACAAAACUGGAACUUGGGUUACUGUUCACUGAUGUCAUUGUUUUUCUCCUAAUUUGUCUGACGUCAGAAUAAUAGUGCAGAACAUUAACCGAAGGGAUGCAGUUUCUUUCAGUGCGUAAACUGCUGCAUGUUACUUUUUUUGCUUCGAGGAAAUUCUGAGUUGUGAUUAGUGAUAGUAGCGUAGACUAGUAAUCCAGAGCCCAGUCUAAUAUUCUUAUGACAUGGGUUCAUAUCUCUCCAUGGCAGAUGGUGAAAUUUGAUUUCAUAUAAAACAAAAUGAUUGUCAAAAAUACAUUUGAUUCACUAAUGUCCUUUAGUAAGGAAAUGCUACAAUCCUUACCAGGUCAGGCCUAUGUGUGAUUCCAGACCAACAAUAAUAUGGUGGACUCUUAACUGCUCUAUGGGUAAUUAGGGAUGAUAACAAAUGCUGAGCUACUGAGUAACAAUCACAGCCUAUGGAUAAAAGUGUUCACUCACUGUGAUGCUUUUAUUUUAGUAUUGACCACAUAGUACAAAUAUUUGGGUUCUACAAAAUAUUGGACAUGUGACUUCCUGCACAUUAGAUAUACUGUUUCAGAUUUAGUACUUGAAAAAAUUACCUAAACUAUUUGUCCAUUAAAACAAUUUGCAGUAUUAUCAGCUUAUACACAUUUCAUUCACUGGUAUUGUUGCAGUUUCCCUACUCUGGCCAAACUGAUUCCUGAGAAGGCAGGACUGAGCAUGUAGAUUAGAUUAGUGUGGAAACAGGCCCUUUGGCCCAACAAAUCCACACCGACCCGCCGAAGCACAACCCACCCAGACCCAUUUCCCUACAUUUAUCCUUUCACCUAACACUACGGGCAAUUUAGCAUGGCCAAUUUACCUAACCUGCACAUUUUUGGACUGUGGGAGGAAACCGGAGCAAAUUCACACAGACACAGGGAGAAUGUGCAAACUCCACACACAGUCGCCUGAGGCGGGAAUUGAACCCGGGUCUCUGGCGCUGACAGGCAACAGUGCUAACCACUGUGGCACCGUGCUGCCCCUAAUUCUAGCUUGUACUCGCUAGAAUUUAGAAGAAUAAGGCAGGGGGAGUCUUAGAAACAUAUAAAAACCUGAUGGGACUGGACAGGCUAGAUGCGGGAAGAACGUUCCUGACCCCCAAAACUAGGGUUAAGCUUGAUGAUUGAGUUGUGGAAGAAUUUCCUAACUCAGUCGUGAACUUGUGGAAUUCUUUCUGACAAGCAGCAUUUGGGGCCAUUUCAAUAGAUAUAUUCAAGAGGGAUAUGGACGUUGCCAUUGCAGGCAAAGGGAUCAAGGGGCAUGGAGAGCAAGUGGGAAAGGGAUACUGAAAUUAUAAUCAUGUCUGAUCAUGUAUUGGAUGUUAGUACAGGCUCAAAGGGCUGAAUGGCAUACUCCACCUAUUUUCUAUGUUUCUGUGAUUUUAAAUGUCUUCCCUAAGUUAGUGUUGUGGUAUACUUUCAAAUCAUUGUAGAGUCAUACAAUAGCAUGGUGACCCUGUCAGCAAGAUUUCUGUUAAAAUUAGAAAUUUCCUGUGAAUAAUAAGUGCACUUCGAGUGCUGGUCUGUGCAGGUUACAAUGCCCAACUAUUAACCACUGGCUUAAAUUUUAUUCUUCAACAUAUUUCAGCUUGCAAGUUUUCAUCUAUUAGUGAAUGUAAGGAAAAAUGUGGGUCAGAGAGCACAGAAGUGAAAAUGCCACGUAGUGUGUUCUUCCCUGAAUCACUAAUAUUGGAAUUCUAAUAAGAUAUUAGAAAUAUCAUAAUAUAAAGUUCUCUAGAUUUAGUACUGGUCAGGUAUCUUUUAUCUGAAAACCUUGGGACCAACUGUUUUUCAGACAAAGGAUAUUUUUAUUUUUGAAUAUAAGGUUUAAAUAGAUUUGCACAGUUUUGAUCACUUGUUCUAACUCAGCAAAUAGGGUUAAAGUAAAAUCUCAAAUGUUUGGGAUCUGUUGAAUUCUGCUAAUUGUGUUAGGAAAUUUUUGUCACCUUGCUUAAUGAAACAGUUAAAUAAUGGUUAUUACCUCCUGUGAUGACUGCAUCUAACUAUUAUCUAGGUCUGUUCAGGACCUUGGGCGGGGGAGGGGGAACUUUGUUUAACCCAAAUGGACCUAAAAGUAAAGCUUAUCUCCCCCAAAGGACCCCAACUCACCUUGUCAACAGUCCAUUCAGAUCCUCUUUCUUUUCAGUUUUCAGAUAACAAGUAAAAAUCUAGUCUAUUUUAGACCUUUAAAACUAAUUUAUAUUGUUUAUAUUGUUAUUCUAAUUAAUGAUAUAUUCUCACUGCCUGAUUAAAUGCUUUUCUCUUAAAAUAAACUGAAUUAUAAAUUAAUGCAUAAUUUAAGAUUAUUCUCACAUUUGUAAUUUGAGCGUAUU